CACUGAUCAGCUUUGGAGAGAGCAAGAAAAUUAAAAGAUCACUUUGGUCUUGGUACGUACUCCCUGGAAGCCGAUAGAGAGAAAGUUUUGAGACCGGCUGACCGAAUGGCGAGGCGAGGCGUUGCCUCCGUGUUCGCUCUGGCAUUGCUCAUAGGAGCCUUUGCCUCCAUCCCAAAAGGCGUGGAGUCCAUCGGCGUGUGCUACGGCAUGAGCGCCAACAACCUGCCGCCGCCGAAGACCGUGGUCAGCAUGUUCAAGUACAACAAGAUCACCUCGAUGCGGCUGUACGCGCCGGACAAGGCGGCGCUGCAGGCCCUGGGCGGCUCGGGCAUCAAUGUCGUCGUCGGGGCGCCCAACGACAUGCUUGCCAGCCUCGCCACGAGCCCGGCCGCGGCCGCCGCCUGGGUCCGGAACAACAUCCAGGCGCACCCCUCGGUGUCCUUCCAGUACGUCGUCGUCGGCAACGAGGUCGCCGGUGCGCCCACAAAGUACCUUGUCCCUGCCAUGGAGAACGUCCAUAGCGCGCUCGCCGCCGCGCGCCUGGGCCACAUCACGGUGACCACGUCCGUGUCGCAGGCCAUCCUCGGCGUGUGGAGCCCGCCGUCCCAGGCCCGGUUCACGGGCGAGGCGGCCGCGUUCAUGGGCUACGUGAUGCGGUUCCUGGCCAAGACGAGAGCCCCGCUCAUGGCCAACAUCUACCCGUACCUGGCCUGGGCGUACAAGCCCAGCGCCAUGGACAUAAGGUACGCGCUCUUCACCGCGCCGGGACCCGUGAUCCACGACGGGCCCGUGGCGUACCAGAACCUGUUCGACACCACGGUGGACGCGUUCUACGCGGCCAUGGAGAAGCACGACGGGAGGGGGGUGAAGCUCGUGGUGUCCGAGAGCGGGUGGCCCUCGGCCGGGGGCGUCGCGGCGACGCCGGAGAACGCGAGGGUCUACAACCAGCACCUCAUCGACCACGUCGGCCGCGGCACGCCGCGACACCCGGGCCCCAUCGAGACGUACAUCUUCUCCAUGUUCAACGAGGAGCUCAAGCCGAAAGGCGUGGAGCAGCACUGGGGGCUCUUCUACCCCGACGCGAAGCACAUCUACCCCAUCAAAUUUUGAGAUCAGCUAGCAACAGUGCGCUAGCUCUAUCCGCCAAUAUAUAUGUCCGUGCGCAAGUAUACAUACGCGAUUAGCAUGUAUGUAUGCGUACAUUUAUGUAUUGUAUAUGUCUUGUUGUGAUUGUGACAGACGAGAGUGCUACCAAAUACUGCCCUGCUGAGGUCACUCUCGAUGUAUUGUAUUUUAAAUUGUACCAUCAAUUCAGCAUAUAUAUUUAAUACGUAUUAAUUUUUCAAA